UAAAAGGGGUCAUCCACGAGAUUGUUUCAUUAUAAUAUAGUUCAAAAUAUAACCGUGUUUAAUAAUCUUUUAAAUGAUUUCGGAUGACUUGGCUUUGGGAAAAAGUAAGGAAGUCUUUCCUCAAUAGGACGUUGACUUUUGCCGUAGUGCCUUGCGUCAGUAGAUCUCCCAUAAGAGAUCAUUUGCACUCAAAAAACAUAGAAUCUUGUGAAGAAGUAGAAGAUCAUUGGGGGGAUCGCCUUAGUCCGUGUCCUUUUUGCGGUCACGAAGAUAGCCCGAUUUUAGCUAGAAGUCAAAGAUCAUGCAGCGAUCCUACAGUAUCUGGAUAUUCUAAACUACCUCCAAUUGUCAAUUCAAACCAGUUUCUAACAUAUAGACCAACCAUACCUCCUAUUAAUAAUCAAAAUCCAAUUGAUCAGAGUUGUAGAAACAUUCAAAAAAAUCUUCAAAUAGAAUCUAAACCUCAAUAUCCAACUAGACACGAAACAAGAGAAGAAUUUUUACAAGAAAUACGAAAAGCUCAUAAAAAUGAAAAUUAUAUGACCGUUCAGCGUUUUUAUAUGAGGUUGUUUGAUUCAUUUAGCGAGAUUUGUGCACUUUUUAAGAUUAAUCCAAAUCAAUCUGGAGCUAAACUAGAUGACCCUGAUCUUCAUUUAGAAUUUGUCUACGCUAUAAAUGAUGCACUCAAGGACUUGUCUAGUGGAAUACAUAAAACCGUUUUAAAGUCAAUAAUCAAUGCAUUGCUAGAAAAUAAUAAAAAUCUUUAUGAGAAAGAUGAAGUCAGAGCUUUAUUUGUAUUACUACAAUGCCCAGUUUUUGGAACUCAAUCAAGUGCACCAAUAUUUGCACAUUUAUUAAACUAUAUUGCUCAAUUAAGCAAAGAUGAUCACCAACUAUUGGUUCAUUGGUUCAGAAUAUUGGAACUGGAUAAAUUAAGAUCAUUAAUACGAUAUAUUAUGCAAUUUAUAACAUUACGGCAAUUUUCUCCAAAUGACAAAUCUCUACCACCUUUAGGAAAGACACUUUGGUGGAUACCAUCAGCAACCAAAAAUUUAGCAUUAAUAAAUGCAGCCAACAAAUUAGGAACCGAACUAUUACAUUUUACUGAAUUAUAUAACUCUGCUUUGGAUCAUAUUGAUCUGAUGCGUGAUUAUUACAAUUGGCAAAGUUUAGGCCCGUACGAAUGUUUUUCUUAUUGCCAAUAUCCAUUCAUUCUGAGCAUUGUUGCAAAGAGGAUCAUACUUACUAAAGAUUCAGAACAGCAAAUGAUUCUAAAUGCUAGAAAAUCAUUGGUAUCUAAGGUUGCAAGAAGGCAGACACCUAAUAUCGAUAUAUUUUUUUUAAAUAUAAACGUCAGAAGAUCACAUUUGGUACAGGAUUCGUUAAAUGAGAUUGCUUUCAAACAGAAGGAUUUGAAGAAAAAAUUAAAAGUGACAUUCGCCGGGGAACCAGGACUAGACAUGGGUGGUCUGACAAAGGAAUGGUUUUUGCUUCUGAUUCGCGAAAUAUUUCACGCCGAAUACGGAAUGUUCGUGUAUUACUCGCACUCGCGGUGCUACUGGUUCAGCACCGGGCAAACGGACCACACGAACCUUCGCGAAUACAAUCUCAUUGGUGUACUGAUGGGCCUGGCAGUGUAUAAUUCCAUUAUACUGGACCUGAGUUUUCCAGGAAUUUGCUACAGGAAACUUUUAUCGCCACCAGUCGUGCCUACCGUCAACGACGACAACGUGGGCGUCGUCGAAAAUCCCACGUUGGACGAUUUGAACGAGAUCAUGCCAGAUGUAGCCAGUGGCUUAAAACAUCUACUUGAAUACGAGGGAAAUGUUGAAGAAGAUAUGGGACUUACAUUUCAGGUAUCAUUAGAGGAACACAGAACACCCAAAACGCACAAACUAAAACAAAACGGAGAAAAUAUACCAGUUACGAAUGAAAGUCGUGAAGAGUAUGUAAACUUGUACUUGAAUUGGGUACUGAAUUUAUCCAUUUACGAACAGUUCCGUGCAUUUUACUUCGGAUUUCACAGCGUGUGCGCCUCCAACGCUUUAAUUAUGCUGAGACCGGAAGAAGUCGAAUUGUUGGUCUGCGGCACGGACACGUUGGAUUUGCACGAACUCCGCAAAGCCACAGAAUACGAUGGAUAUCGACCAGACGACAACAUUAUUAGCGUCUUUUGGAAUGUUAUCGAUUCGUUAUCGGACGAUCAAAAGCGUAAAUUCUUACUGUUCGUCACUGGAAGCGACCGCGUGCCAGUCGGUGGUAUGGGAGACAUGAAUUUCAAAAUAACUAGGGGUCCCAACAGAUCUGAUUACUUGCCUGAAGCGCAUACAUGUUUUAAUCAGUUAGUGUUACCCCAAUAUUCAGAUCACGAUCAACUUAAGGAGAAACUGGUAACGGCCAUACUAAACGCCGAAGGAUUUGGAAUGGAAUAAUAAUGUAUAGUAUAGGUACUAUUACUUACUGUCAAUUAGUAAAGUUAUUACUUAUUAGUAGGUAUCUAUUUAUAAUAAAGUAGGUAUGUACCUACUUAAAUUUCUAAUAGGUACCUAAUUAAAAUUAAGUUUAAACCGAUUGUUUUAGUCAGUUUUAGACUAAAUAAAAUAUAGUAGCUAUACUGCUAUAGGUAUUAAUAGGAUAUAAAUAGCAUAUAAAUAUAUUCAUGUUUUAUUUUUCCACUGAGCCCUCAUUCACUAUAACAAACAGUACCGGAUCUAUAAAUUAUGUAACCCGGGGCACAACAUAAUAUUUGCGGCCCCAUGCUUAACGAGUUUAAAAUUUGAAAUUUGCGCCCCUCUAUGAUUAGCUGCUCCCGGGGCAUGGGCCCCGGAUCGUCCCCCCCCCCCUAGAUCUGGUACUGAUAAUAAAGUAUUGGGAAGACAGAUUAACACUGGGAGCGCUGCGACGCCUAUCGUACUGAUGGUUAGGCGGGUUCCCCCUACGUGGAGUCGGGAUAUUGUAUGUAUUUUCCCGAAAUUUCGCAUAUAUUUUGCUUUAACUUUUAAUUGAAGUGUAUUUGAAUAUAUUUAAUAAUAUUAGUAGAAAAUGUACUUACCAACGUAUACAGUUAGCUAUAAAAGCGUAUAAAGUUUCGAUACCAAAAUUAAUUUAUUAUAAAAAGUAAAAUGACCAAUAUAAAACUAUAUCUCUAUACAUCCCGAAUCGGAAGGUACAAAUUGUUUUCAGAUAGCGUUUUGUUAAUCUGCUUCCCUAAUUAUUUACCUAUAGUCCAUACGCCACUGAGUGGCAGCUAUUAAAUAUAGGUACCUAUAUUGCUAUAUAUAGUAUAAUUGUCUAUUGAUAAUUUAUGCAAAUACAUUUAUAUGCUUGUUAAUUAUUUAAUUAGUUCAAUCAACAAAUAUCGUACAUCUGAGAAAUGUCUAGGUUAUACAACAGCUAGUCUUGAAAUAAAACAUACGAACAUUAUUCUUUGAAUUGUAAACAACGCACGUUUGUAUUUAUGUGUUUUAUUUAUUAAACAUUUAACUGUUUAUAAAUACAUACUGGCAUACUGCUGUUGCCAUUUAUCCAACUGACAAGUUAAAUAUGUAGUAAAUUAUGUACGGUCAUAAAGUGAUAAUAAUAUAUUGUCUAAGAAAAAUUAAGAUAAUUUUCUUUUUUUUAUGAAUGAAUUGUAAUAAUUAAGUACCUCGAUAAUAAAGUAUAAGCUAGUAGGUAGUUAGUACCAUAGAAUAUGGUAGCAACCUACCUGACUGUUCAGUGGCGUCAUUUGGGUGAGGCGAAGUGUGCAAUUUGUCAAAAGUGAAAAAAUCCAAAAAAAAACAAAAAAUAAAUAAAUAAAAACAGGAAUGUUUACUCAAAAUUGAUUUUUGACAAAAUCAAUCUUGGGUUUUAGUGUAACUCUUAAACAAAUGAACGUAGAUACAUGUAAUUUUCACUGAAUGUAUAUAUUAGCAUUUUCUUUACACCAUAACAUUUUCAAAAUAUUUUGACUUAUUUUGUGUUGUUUACAGACAUUUUCAUUUUCCAAAUAUUUUGGCUUUUUAGUUUUUUUUUUAUAAAUGUUAAUUAAAUUGUAUACGUUGGGUCGAAAAGCGUGAAAAUGUAAUACAAUGCUCUUGAUAUAUAAUUACAUCAGCUGCAGUUGAAAAAUAUUAAAAAUACAUUGACACAAUUUUUUACAACCAUUUAAAGUUCGAAGUUUGACAAAAUGUACUGAAAAUGUCUCUAAACAGUUCAAAACAAAUCAAAAUAUUUUGAAAAUAUUAUCGUGUAUAGAUAAUGCGAAUAUUAACAACUAGUGAAAAUUGCAUGUAUCUACAGUCAUUUGGUUUAAACCAAAAUCGAUUUUGCGAAAAAAUUCCCAUUUUUCUUUAAUUUUUCUAUUCUUAUUCCCGGCGCUCCGCUCAGAAUCUAAAUAAACAUAUAUAAUAAUAUUUAAAUUAUAGAAAACAGUUCAUGUAAUAUGUAUAUUAUAUAGUACCCACAGAACACGAUGUUAACACUUAUACCUUAGAAUCUAAGUUUUUUAUAAAAAUAUACGUUAAUACUUUAUAUUGGCCAUGGUAGAAAAUCCUUUUUCGCACAAAUAAGUAGUAGGAAAAAGUAGUAAUUUUUUUAUUGCAUUAAUUGAAAGUUCUAGAUAUUCAUUAUAUACUGCACACCAAAAAUCUACAACUAGACUUUACGUCAUUUAUUCUACAAUACUAGUUAUUUAUACUAUUUAUCAAUUUACGACUAAAAUAACUGUAAUCGUAACUGCGAGUCGCGACCCAUCAAAAAAAUUUCACGACCCAACGAUGGGUCGCGACCCGGCGACCCAUGGUUUGGGAAACGCUGCCUUAGAUGAAUACUGAAUGUCGAAUAGUCGAAUAGACAACAACAUUACUAUGCUGACUGCAAAAGUUCAAAUGGCAAAUAUUUGAUAAUACCAAGAAUACCUAAGUCAAUAGAAUACCUAUAACGGGUUACACUAAUUGUAGAUAAACUCGUCUAUUUUUAGAAUUCGGUGUAUUUGAAAUGUCGUUGUCGUCGUUUUAUUCAAAUAGCAAAUGGUAUAAGUACCUACAAAUAUUUUUUGAAAAUAAUUAAAAUACUGACGAUGUGGAAUUUCCUACUAAUGACUAAAUAUUAAAAAAGGUGGGCAAGUAGGUGUCGCUCUGCUGUACAGUAGGUUACAAGUAGGUCACUGUAAUGGAUGGUGUUAAAUUUGAAUUCAAUGAUAUAAAUAUAUAAUAUCAUUGUAUAAGAAAAACGAUUCUAAGCGAAGACAUCAGUUAGCCUAUGAUAUU